AUGGAUAAGAUAUCCGAUACCCACACCACGCCUGUUGAGUUGAGCCUUCGGUCACUUGGAAAACGUUUUGGCAGCAAGACCCCCGAUUUCUUCAUCGAAUCUAUCAAGCCAAAGAGUGACGACUCUGUGGGAAAAUAUACCGAACAGAGCAUCUCAGAAUUCGGUAAAGAAGUAAGACAAACUACAUUUACACUCAAUAAGGCUGCUAUCAAUGGGGUUCACGGUCUCAAAUGGGUGAGCAAGGAGCAGCCUGCUGCUCUUCAACAUUUUCAGGUAGAUUUCGAUCCUUCGACAUUUGGGACCGUUCAAAACAUCGGUAAUAUACAACGUGGACCCGUGUCAGGUAACUUCAGAGAGACUCUUCUCGUUCCGACUGAUUCAACACAAAGCUCAGCAGUAAUCGAGACUACGGUUGAAAGCCGAAAAUUUGACCAGGACAGAAAUACGGUAGUUACGUUUGGUCCAAUUCAGUCUAUUUUUACUGAUCGCUCGCAACAACCUCAAGACCCUAAGUUCCUGACCCAAGAAUUAUCAGGCAAAGAAUUUGGUUUUCCAGAUAGGCAAGCCGGAUAUGCUCAUCGGCUGACUCCUUACUCUGAGCCGGACGGGUCUGCUUAUCAGUUUUUUGUCGACUCUAAGCUGAUCUCGGAAGUUGGUUCCAUUAAUUCGGAAGCUGCGUUGGUACGUGGUAGCAUCUUAUGGUACCCCAAACCAAGCUCAGAAUCAGUAGCAGAGUGCCACACCUCUCAAGGUACCCAAACUGUGUCGCAGUACACUCCUGAAGCUUCGGAUACUGAAGCUUCGGAUACUGAAGCUUCGGAUACUGAAGCUUCGAAUACUGGAGGAGAAUUCAGCGAGAACAGCGUGUGGCACAAGAAGUGGCGUCAUAUGUUUCAUUAA